UUUAUGGUCAGCUUGGCUUUUGCCAUUGUGGUGGGAAACGCGGUGACGCUUACUGUUUUCAUGCAGACCCGGCAUUCUCAAACACCACAGGGCUACCUCAAAGUGUCCCUGGCCAUCACAGACAUGAUGGUUGGAGUUUUGGUGGUACCAUUCUCUGUAUACACUGAAAUCUCUCUCAUGGUGACCAGCACUCCACCUCUGUGGUACCAGGGCAUCUCAACAGCCUCACGGGAGGGUGGAUCAGGACCUUGGCAACCCUGCAUGCUGAUUGGUCCAGUCUUUGCUGGAUGCACUUUUGUCUCAAUUAGUACCAUCUUUCUGAUGACAGUGGAGCGCAGUGUGGCAAUCCUGCGUCCUCUGCAUAAAGACACUCUUGUGACACGGCAUCGUACCCUGUUCCUAAUUCUCUUGUCCUGGGCUGGCAGCUUCUUACUGGCAAUGGCUCCGCUCAUGCUAAGCAACAGCUUCACGUUGGAGUACAAUGAAUGCAGCCGCAUGUGCAACUAUGCACCCUUACUAAUCGGACAUCAGUUGCCUCCAGAUGCAAACAUCCUUCUGCUGUUUCCAGCCUUUGAUUUCAGUUUACUGGGUGGGACAUUAGCCGUCAAUAUCCUGUCCUCCACCAGUAUCCGCCGAUACUCCCGCAAACGGAAGCUGCUCUCUGAGAGAAGUCUUGGCACGGACACAGGAGCUGGUGGGUGUCCCCACAGGCCCUCUUUUUCCGAUAUCAAAGCAGAUAAAACCAUUGGAAUCCUCACCUUUGCCUUCACAGCCUCAUUCUCUCCUAUCGCAGUAUUUGUGCUGGGGGACGUAGUGGGAUACACCUGGUGCAACUUCUCCUUUUUUGCAUUUUGGAUUCUGACGAGCAAUAGCUGCUGCAAUGUGAUUAUUUACAGUGUGCGGGACCACCGUUUUAGGAAAGGGCUUACCCUGCUCUUUCAGCGGGACAGAUCGCAACCUCAAUCAGAGAAAAGCUGA